CGAAACGUCAAGCGAAGUUUGGUUAACGUUUCCUCGCUUCCCGAUAUCGAAAAUAUUAAUUGUUAUGGGACGAUAGGGGUACGCGUCGGAUCGUGUCGGAUAGUUGGACGUCGAGAAUCGAACGUGACAACGUUACAUCGUUCGCAAAUGUUUACGUGGUAAGAGCCAGUGCACGGACUGAGAACACAAAGGCGUUCUUCGCGAUUGUGCGACGUUUACACGUGCGUUCCUACGAUAUAUAUACGAUCAUCAAUCGAUUUGGCGAGUUGGUCUGUCAGCAGGGCUGCGGUUCGAAUCGAGUGAAAAAUGAGAACUACAUCGUUGCUCGCUCUCGUUGUCUGUCUGCAGUGCCAUAUCACUGAUAUCAUAGCUGUUCCAGCAAAAACGACCGGGGAAGUUCUUCUCGGGGAAGUAGACAUAGCCGUGCAAGAAGAUGGCAGGAAUGAAAUAACGACGGAAGAAUCGUACCCGAAAAAAUGCAUCGUCGAUGAGAAUACGUAUUCACACGGCCAGACGAUACCGUCGUACGACCCGAACUCUCAUUGUAUGUGCGUCGCAGGCGAGGUGUAUUGUUGGUGGCAGAAUUACAAUCCGAGCACCGACCCCUCCGCCGGCCCCUCGUUCCUCCCGUCGACCACGAUAGAAAGUAAUUACACGCCGUCCCUGGAAGGAAGCACGGACGGCGUAGACAGUUUCGAAGCUUCCGGUGAUCCAGCGGAGGAGGCAUCGCUCGAGCAACAACAGGGAUACGGGGAGAUUAACGCGACCUAUUCCUCGACUACGUCGCAACCGGCCCCUACUACGUGUCUCGUCAUGGGAAGGGAGUAUCGCGAGGGCGAGUUACUUCCGCACUCGACCGGCAACUGCAUCGAGUGCAGUUGCGGAUCCGAGGGCCGCGUCGAGUGCUCGCCGCGGGACUGUGUGGCCCUUCGACCCGAGAUACCGGUUGCACCGGGUAUACCGGACGCGCCGGAUGGCGAUUUCGAAGUGUUCAACCUUGCAAGGGACCGAGGGAUCGACGAGAGCUUUUAAAGUAUCCGAUCAAGUAACACGAUCGUCGCCUGUUCGAACGAGUGAAACGCGAGCUACGUUUCUAGAUCUUUAUUCUUUAUUCGGCAAUUGUCGAUCGAUAUGAAUAGUUUGCGCGAAUUAUUUAUUAAUAUUUAAUCUGAUUUUUAAAGAUCGAAUGUGGAGAGUAGAAUUUUCGUGAAAAUGUGAUACGUUUUGUGAAGUAUGUAAUAUGUAUGUAUAUAUAUAUUAAAUUUAGUAAGAUUGGAAAUUUAUUCUAACGUGAUAAUUAAAUAUUUAUUUCAUUUAAUAAUAUAAGAACAGUUAGCAAUAAUUUUUCUAAACGUUUCGAGAGAGACAUAUCGUGUAUAUUUAAGCGAAUGUUGUAUUAAAAAAAAAUAAUAAUAAUUUCUUCCCACGAUUAUUUUCAUAUCGAUCAACAAUAAUAAUAAUUUUGAUAAUUUUAAUAAACGCUUAUCGAGUUCUCAACCGUGUAUAAAAUUCUUCCAAUCACGAGAAAUGGAAACAAUUAUAGAAACAUUUCAACGGGAAAAAUAUUCCAAAUGAAUACGAUUACACGGUUGAAAAAUCUGUAAGUAUUAAUUAGUUUAAUUUAUAUAUAUAUAUAUAUUCUUCUUAUUCGUGUUCUCUCGAGCUUCUUCCCUCCUUUUGUUCCGGAUUGAAAGAGUUUCCGGUCGAAAGAGAACUCGUGAAAAAAUCGA